AUGGACGUUUCCGACAGCCCUGAGCGCAACCCCUGCUCUCCUGAGGAAGAGGACCAGCAGCUUUCUGAUGAAGAAGUCCUGAAGGAGAGCUGCUCAGACAGGGAACUUGAUGGAGAGGGUGGGAAAGAUGAAGAGGAUGCAGGCAGGGGCCUGAGCCAUGGGGAAGAGGAGAACCACUCGGAUGAAGAGGAUCGACUGAGUGAAGCCAAGUCUCAGGAGUCUGACAACAACGAGCAGGGUGGGGAGGGGAAGAGCCCUCGACCUCACAAGGGGGAGGAGGAAGACAGGACAAAUGACCUUGGUGAUGAAGCCUCCUCUGUAACCCGGGAGCUGGAUGAGCACGAGUUGGACUAUGAUGAGGAAGUUCCUGAGGAACCAAGUGCUGCUGCUGCAGAGGAGGAUGGUGAGAAAGCUGCUGGAGAGGAUGAUGAGGAGGAGGAGAAAGGAGAUGAUGCCCAUGAAGAUGAGAAAAAAUCCAGCAGCAAGAGUGAUGAUGAGAAGGAUGGUCAGGACCCCCUCAAGGAGAAGAAGAAGGAAGAAGAUGAUGGAGAAAUUGAUGAUGGAGAAAUUGAUGAUGAUGACUUGGAAGAAGGAGAAGUCAAGGACCCUAAUGACAGGAAAGUGAGGCCACGUCCCACCUGCCGCUUCUUCAUGAAAGGUCACUGUACCUGGGGCAUGAACUGUCGCUUUAUUCACCCUGGAGUGAAUGACAAAGGAAACUACUCGUUGAUCUCCAAGCCUGAGCCCUUCUCCCCCAAUGGUGCCCCUCCCAUCGGCCCUCACCCGCUGAUGCCAGCCAACCCCUGGGGAGGGCCAGUGGUUGAUGAAAUCUUACCUCCACCUCCUCCAGACCCUCCAACAGAAAGUGCCUGGGAGAGAGGACUCCGACAUGCUAAAGAGGUAUUAAAAAAAGCAACUAUGAGAAAAGAACAGGAACCUGACUUUGAGGAGAAAAGGUUCACUGUGACUAUUGGAGAAGAUGAGAGGGAAUUUGACAAGGAAAACGAGUUUUUCCGUGACUGGAACUACCGAAUCACCAGAGACGUCCGAGAUCCAGCGCUUGAUCCCUAUUCAGAUCCCUAUUAUGACUAUGACAUAGAGCGAUUCUGGCGUGGUGGGCAGUAUGAGAAUUUCAGGGUUCAGUACACAGACCCUGACCCAUACCGUAACUACAGAGAAAGAGAGCGUGAACGGGAGAGGGAACGUGAGAGCAGACAGCGGGAGAGGGAGCGGGAGAGGGAGCGUGAGCGGGAGCGUGAGCGGCGCCAGCGGGAGCGUGAGCGGGAACGGGAGCGAGACAAGGAGCGCCAGCGGCGGAAGGAGGAGUGGGAACGUGAGCGGGAGCGAGUGAAGAGGGAUGAGAAGGACCGGCAGCACAGGGACCGCGACAGGGACCGUGACCGCGACAGGGACAGGGACAAGGAUAAGGACAAGUCAAAGCCUCGGUCGCCGCUGCUGCCCGGCCGCCAGCCUGAUGCUGCAAAGAAGGACAAGGAGGCAGCCCCGCUGGGCUCAGCGCCGUCCAAGCGCGCGGAUGAGUGGAAGGAUCCCUGGCGCCGAUCCAAGUCUCCCAAGAAGAAGCUGGGCCUGAGUGUCUCCCCCAGCCGCGCACGGAGGCGCCGGAAAACCUCAGCCUCCUCAGCAUCCGCAUCUGGCUCCUCCAGGUCCUCGUCUCGUUCAUCCUCCUACUCUGGUUCAGGCUCCUCACGGUCUCGUUCCAGAUCCUCCUCCUACAGCUCUUACUCCAGUCGCUCCUCAAGGCACAGCUCUUUCUCAGGCAGCAGGUCCAGAUCACGUUCCUUCUCAUCUUCCCCUUCUCCUUCUCCAACACCAUCUCCACACAAGCCACUGGCCAAGGCUAAAGGGGAGUUGUUGCCACCUCCUGGGAAAGGUGAAAAAGCUGUGAAGAAACUCACUGCCCUGCCAGUCCCUCAGCCACUCACUAAACUCAGCACAGCUGCUCCAGAGACAGCCAAGCCAGGGGAUAACCGGGAGGCAAGGAGGAAGGAACGGCAGACCAGGACUCCACCCAGGAGGAGGACUAUCAGUGGCAGCAUCAGUGGCAGUGCCAGCAGCUACAGUGGGUCCAGCUCCCGGUCCAGGUCCCUGAGUGUGAGCAGUGUCUCCUCUGUGUCCAGUGCCUCCUCCAGCAGCAGCUCCGUGCGCAGCGCUGACUCCGAGGACAUGUACGCGGACCUGGCCAGCCCUGUGUCCUCGGCCAGCUCCAGGUCCCCGACCCCAGCACAGCAGAAGAAAGGUAGAGGAAAGUCAAAAAAAGAAGACAGUGCUAAGGAGGAGAAGAGGAAAAGGGAUGUGCCCUCUCAGCUCCUCAAGUCAGCCAAGCCCACCCAGGGCAACAAAUCCCAGCAGCUGCUCCAGAGCCAGCAGCCCUCGGCCCCACAGUCACAGCAGGGAGGCUUCAGUGGGCACAAGGAGAUCAAACUGACCCUCCUGAACAAGGCAGCUGACAAAGGAAGCAGGAAGAGAUAUGAGCCAACAGACAAAGACAGGCCAAGCUCUCCUCCAGCCAAACGAGCCAACAUGUCCCCUGACAGAGGCUCUCGUGACAGGAAGGCGACUGGGAAAGUCUCAUCCCCCAAACAGGAGCGACAGAGGGGCCAGAACACAAAACCUUCACCUGCACAGGCAGACAGGAAACGCCAACUGUCUCCUCAAUCCAAGAGCUCCAGCAAAGUGACAAGUGUCCCAGGCAAAGGCUCUGAGCCAGGGCCCGUGAGCCUCAAGGGGGGCAAGUCCAGCACCCUGUCCCGCCGGGAGGAGCUCCUCAAGCAGCUCAAGGCGGUGGAAGAUGCCAUCGCCCGCAAGAGGGCCAAAAUCCCAGGAAAAGUAUAGUGGGCAGUGCCCAGGGAGUGACUGCUGAUGUUUUUAUAACUAGUGGAACAACAGCCACGUUGGGAUUUUGCAGUUCUGUCUUCAUUUUGGCUGUGAUUCUUUUUAA